AUGGGUUCCUCCUCUUCCAAGAACAAGAACGGUGCCCUCAUCGGCACCCCCACCAUGACCGGCACGAUGACCACCCCACUCUUCAACGGCCUCCUCCUACGCAUCAUAGAUGAGCGCACCGGCACCUGGGGAUUCUACAGCAACACAGAAGACUACGAAUUCCACAUUUUUUAUCUCUUCGGUGUCGAUAGCACACUGGAGCCCUUUGGCCAAACCACCAUGACAGAAGAGGACGACGGCAUUAUGUGUGAAAUGACGCUCUACCCACUCGAGACAAAGAAGUUCGUGCAGGGCGAUGUGAGCAGUUACGAGUGCAAAAUAGAGGCCCGCCCACUCUCAGAGGAAUACUUCCAAUCCCACCCGAAAGUAAAUGAGCGGAAGUACUACCGCCGCCUGGUCCCACCAAAGGCAAAGAGUUUUUAA